CAAGAACAAUCUACCUCAUUCUAGAGACAACCCUUAUAUUUCUCUUAUAAAACCCUAACAAAACCCUAAGAUUUCCAUCCAAUUUUUGCUCUCAACAUGGCUAGGUAUGACAACUCUUCAUACUUUCAACACCUCUCCCUAGACCUCCCUCUCCACCUGUGCUUCUUCCUAGCAAUUCUCUUCUCCUUCGUGGGCUUCACUUGGUACAUAAACUAUGAGUCCAUGAUAGAAGACUUGAUGAACCAACUCAAGCUCGUCCUCAUCCUCUCCCCUCUCCUCCUCCUCCUCCUCCUACACAUCUUAUCAAGCGAUCAACGGCAGUUCAUCCCUUUCAUUAUCCCAUUACCGGAUAAGGAUUCAUUGCAUAGAGCCGGAGGAUCGCCAUGGGGUGUCGCCUUUUUGCUUGUCUUUCUUCUCUUCAUGGUGUCUUACAAAUCCUACUUCCAAGAACGUUGGUUUCCAUUGUUGAGCAGGUGAAGGUGCAUACAUAUAUUCAAUUAGAAUACAUAAAAAUAUGUGUGUUUUGAUCUUGAUGGUGGCUAGGGUUUGUUGUUUUUUAUUGGUGCAACAAAGCUAGCUACCACUUGAUUAAUUUCUUUGUCCUUUUGUGAUAUGUAUAGGAGGUUAAUUAUGAUUAGGAAGGUGUUAUUUUUGGACAUCUUCCUCAAUUUGAUGUGGCUUGUUCUUAUUGUAUUUUGUACUAUUUAUAAUAACUAUAUACCCUUUGAAUUAUGUAGUA